CAACAAUAUGGCUUGCCAUGAUUCAACAACAUGGCUUGCCACAAUUCAACAACAUGGCUUGCCACGAUUCAACAACAUGGCUUGCCACGAUUCAACAACAUGGUUUGCCAUAAUUCAACAAUAUGGCUUGCCAUGAUUCGACAACAUGGUUUGCCACGAAUCAACAAGAUGGCUUGCCAUGAUUCAACAACAUGGUUUGCCAUGAUCGAUUCAACAACAUGGCUUGCCAAAAUUCAACAACAUAGCUUGCUACAACAUUAUGGCUUCUUAGAUUUGAAAUGUCACUUUGUCGAGCAUUUUUAUUAUACCAGGAAGUGUUGUAUUCAUAGUGGCAUAGAAUGUUAGGUAUUUAUAACUCAAAACCCCUGAUGUACCUCAAAACCCCUUAUGUGAAUUCAUGUUAUUAUAAUUCCCAUAUAAUCUAAGAAUGAAAUUCAAUGAGAAAAUGUUCAAGGUUAUAUGAGAUUUUAAUACUUAUUGCUUUGAUGGGUCCCUAGUUUGGCUUUUGCGGAAGCCCUAUUGGACUGAAAAGGUCAAUAUUGGGUGACAAAAUUGUCCUCGUUUGGUUGACAGUGAAGCCCUCAUUGGUUGAAAGUUAAGCCCUUGUUUUCAGAUGGGGAAGCUCUCACUAGCUAUCGAGCUCAACAGCCUUUUGGCUGACAUUAGGAAGCCCUAGCUUAACUUAUAAGGAAGCCCUUAUAGCAGUCUUGGUCACCUGGUACAUUGAUUGAUUAUGUACAGUAUAUUACAUAGAUUUUCAUAUACGCAUACUGUACUAAUUUCUGUAAAACUGUAAAUAAGAUAACUUGAACACUACUUGACCUUGUUAUAAGUAUACAUAUUGACAAGUAGC